AUGUUGAAGUCGGCGGCCGAGCACUUCCUAUUUAAUCCUCGGAUAAAGAAUUCUACCCUUCGUGCCGAGCGCACCGGAAAGUUGAACCAAUCUCAAAAUCAAAUAUUACGGAAAUCACGGCCGAUUGGCGAGAGAAGAAAGCGAUUUAGAUAUACGUUAUCAGACUGGGGCAAAUUUAUGCUGUACGGAUCCAAAUCGGUCUCUUCUCGGGGCCGAAAGGAACAAGAAUUAAAAAUGCAAGACGUUGAAGCCACGGUGAAACAAAGAACGUAUCAGACGGAAAAGAGACAAGACUUGAGUAUGAAUGUUUGA